AUGGCGGAGAAUGAGCAGCAUGAACCAGCGGCUUCUCCGACUCUGGUUGCUAAUGCUGGAGACAGCCCACGAGAAGGGCAUCACCGCGUAGCUCACAACGCACGCAUAGCUCGAGAUGCGCGCCACCUCCGUGUUGCGUUUCAGCAAAUGCAAGACGAUGAGAAACUUGCUGCGCUAAGCGAGCGGGUGCUCCAUAUAAAUGCGCUGACGGUGGAUGAAGUGGAAUGGAUGGGAAAAAACCAGCACUAUGUACAGGAUCCUCGUCUUGCUCUCGCGUAUUAUUACUGCUGCGGGACUGAUCCUGGAUCAUUUGUGUUUGGCGAUGAGCAACUUCGAGGUGACGGCGAUGAAGCUGUUCGGGAACGCAUUUCCAGCCUUCUUGAUGAUUACCCAAAGGAAUCCGACAUUGCCGAGAGCCAGCAGGAGGUGCUCGAGAGUGCACCUGAAUCGACGACGAUAUGGGCUUGCGCUGCGUGUGGUAGAGUUUUGUUGCAGAAUAAGUCCGAGAAGGUCUAUUUCUCCGGACUACAAGAAAUCCCUGGUAUUCGUCUUUCGGAAAACGAGAGAAAUGAACUGUUUGCUGACACGCCGAAGAUUUACGCGCGUAGUUACCGGCAGCUUUACUUUCGUGGAUCGGAUGUUUACUACUUGAUACUGGAGUUGUUGAAUGAUGGUGAAAAGAAUCCUUUCUACAUUUCGCCGGCGCGUUGCUUCGGCCUGGAAUUGUCAUUGUCCGGCAGGCAUUCAAGGGGCCACGCUAUUUGCUUUCCGACGAACGGACCGUGCGAAAUCGCCCGUCUUUUACCGAAGGUAGACGGCUCAUGCGCACCGAGGAUUACAUUUAUUGGACCACGUGAAACCUGGCGGGUUCAAAAGAAGAAAUUUAAAAAGCUGUAUGAAAUUCCGGUGGACAGUGUGUACCAAUGGCUGAACGUGUUGGUUAACGUGAACAAUGUCUUCAAAAAGGAGGUCAUUCAGAUCGAGGAUUCCCCGAGGCAACGAGAGUUGUUCAGCCAGCUAGAUGCCGCUAUCGUACGCGACGUCCAAGUUUUGGACUCGGUAACCUCGGAUUCUCUAGACGAGGUGGCUUCAGCACAAUUCGACGAGCACGUUCCCGAAGGAGAGCUAACGGACACGGUCUUUGUGCGGAAGUCUGCCGUUCUUCCUGUUGAGCAAAGUGAUCCCGCAAUUGCCCACGAUAUUAUCGAUGCAAUGGCGAGCGCGGUUGGAUCGAGUCACUCGGUAGAUGAUACUGCCAUCAUUCCAAUAAAGCGGGGAAAGUCACCGUUUGUGGAGUGGGUGGGUACCGGUUUGUCGUAG